AUGGCCGCCAAUACGAGUUGCGCUUUUCACACUUCAGACGGCAUAGCCGCCGAAAGUGAAGGUGUACGAUUCAUACGCCUACGUGAGGACGCAGAAGUGGGCAAGGAUAUACUUAUAUUGAAUGCAUACCCACGCACAAAGAUAGCGCUGAUGGGAGCCGAGGGCAGUGGUGAUCACAAGUACUUUGGACUGCAGGAGAUAAAUGCAACUACCAUUGGAAUUAUGCUUUCACACUCUUUGGAGGAUUUAGUAGAUAGUGAGGUGCCAAAAAAUUUAUUAAAAUUUCGCGUUCUCUGUGCGGGAAAAGGAGAAAAACUUGAAGAGGGUAGCUACUUAUCGAUUACUGUUUAUAUAGAAGAUGUAAACGAUAAUGUGCCAGAAUUUCUAAAUACACCCUAUACUAUUAAUAUUAAUGAGAACACACCAGCCGGAACUGUGAUUUUUGAAGGCAUACAAGCAAUCGAUCAUGACAAGCCAAACACGCCAAACUCUGAUGUGCAUUUUAGCAUAUCGACUGUGGCAGAUCAGUUAUCCGCUGAUGGCAGUCCAUAUUUUGCACUGAAAGGUCCACAUCGUCCAUUAUUGGUACUGAAAAAGGAACUUGACUUCGAUUAUGGAAUUCGAAGUUUUAAAUUGCCACUCUUUGCUUGGGAUAGAGGCACACCAGUGAAUCAAGCGAAUACGACAAUUACAAUAAAUGUGCUGGACAUUGAUGAUCUUCCACCAAAGUUUACUGAAGGCGUUUACCGGACUAAGAUCAAUGAAUUUUUUCCAUUAACGGGAAAACCAAUACGAAUGCCACUCUACUUUUCACCACCCAUAAUGGCUUACGAUCAGGAUUCGUUAAAUGCAACUUUGAUUUAUGAUAUCAUAUCAGGAAAUGAAAGGAAAAUCUUUCGCGUAAGUCCACAUAAUGGAGUUGUUUGGAUACAAAAAGAAAUCGAUCUAGAAGAAGAAAGCUUACCGGGUAACACAUUUGUUUUACAAAUCGAAGCACGACAGCGUGAUAAUCCUCUACAAAAAGCCGUAGCCAGAAUUGAAGUUGAAAUACUUGACUUAAAUGACAAUAUGCCAGAAUUUGAAGCGGACUUCUACAAUAUAUCAAUUGUGGAGAAUUUACCUACCAGUUUCAGUGUUUUGCAAGUAAAUGCUAUUGAUCGCGAUCAGGGGGAAAAUGCCGAAUUUCUUUACAAUUUAAUUGAAGAAGAAGUUUCUAGAGGUGCUUUUCGUAUUGAUUCCCGUAAUGGUUGGAUAACAGUGCGUGAUGAUCGCUUACUUGAUCGUGAGCAACGCAAAGCAAUACGUCUAGUUGUAGAAGCUAUUGAACGGAAUCCACCCUACAUAGGCGAUAGGAAUUUCAGAAGAAGCAUACCUAACUCAGUUAAAGUAAUGAUCACACUGUUGGAUACAAAUGAUAAUACACCAAAAUUCGAACGUGGUAAUUUGUAUGAAUUUAAAGUGCCCAUUACUGCACCGGUUGGCUACAAAAUCGGCGAAGUAGUAGCUCUGGAUCCAGAUGAUGGCCCAAAUGGCAUGCUGACGUAUGAACUGCAACGACCUAAAGGCAGUGGUUAUAUACCAUUUCAUUUGGAUAGUAAAAAUGGCAGCAUACAUGUUAGUGGACCGUUACGCAGAGGUCGUAUUGCCGUAUUUGUUGAAGCAAGUGAUCAGCCUACAAAUCCAUCAGAGCGACGAUUUACCUUAGCAGUAAUAACGAUUGAAGUUUACGCUACGAUUGACGACCAAGCAAUAGAUUUUGUAGGUGCACCUUAUGAAUUUUGGGUUGGCUCAGAUGCAGGAUUAGGUACUUCAGUGGGUCAAGUUCGGACAACUCUCAUUUAUGAUGGAGAGGAUGAAAUUAUGUAUGAUCUUCUACACACAUACUCAGAAGGUGUGCCAUUUGCAAUUGAAGAGCGUUCUGGUAUUAUAACGGUUAUACGUGAACUGUCGGAAUUCAAAAGAAAAGUUUAUCACUUUGAAGCAGUUGCGAACUACAUGUUUGCAAAUUCAUCUCAACCACUGCCGAUGCCUCGCAGCGCACAGCCAAAGGCACUAGAACUUACUGAUGAAGGUGUUCUCAUAACCAAUGUCACCAUACACGUAGUACCGAAACCAGAUAAUAGAGUUAAUCUGCGGCCUGUUAUAGAAGAAAUCAAUAUGAAUGCAAUUACAUUUCACAUCGAAGAGAAUCUAGUUGGUGGCAAAAUUGGUCAGCUGCUUUAUAAGAACGGCGUUAAUGUGGUAAACAACGACUUGGGUUCGUACAGAGAACUGAAACACAAAAAUAAUGUCACUAUUGGCAGUAAAUUUCGUAGUAAUAACCCGCGUCUUUUCAAUAGAAAGCGUCUUCCUCGUAGACUUGUAGGCGAUUCCAAUGUAAAGCUACGCUACAUCAUUGCAAAUCAACAAGAAGUUGUAAACAAAAUUUCUAUCACCGAGGAUGGAACGCUUAUAACACUUAUGGGACUCGAUCGUGAACAACAACCUAAAUAUGAUCUCACUGUGAUUGUGGAGUACUCCACAGGACUUGUAAGUGGAGCUGGUAUUUAUCAGGUGCAUGUGAAAGUCGACGAUGUGAAUGAUAAUGCGCCCAAGUUUAACGCGUUGACUUAUGUUGGUUUAAUUAAUGAGAAUAGUGCAAGUGGCAGUGAAGUUUCCACCAACCAAGUGAUACUCGCGAAUGAUGCUGAUGAAGGACGCAAUGCUGAGUUUCGGGUUGUACUGCAAGGGGAAUAUAGUGAACAGUUUAGCAUUGAAUACAUCAACGAUACUUCAGAAGUACUUAAUAAGAGCCAUUACAAUUCGCGUCUCACCAAUGCUGAGACAUUUAACAUUUUUAAUUUAACUGAUCAGUGGAAUGAAGAGAUAAAAUUUGUGGAAAUGCAGACUAUGCUUAUGGAGCCUAAAAUGAAAACCGAUGUUGGUCCACAUUUCCGAAUUAAGUACACAGGCAAACGUCAAUUGGACCGAGAAAAAGAUCAACUCUACAAUCUUAAAAUUGUAGCAGUUGAUACCGGCGGUUUAUCGACGCAAGCCAAUUUGAAUAUUUUGAUUGCUGAUGUCAACGAUAAUGCACCAAUAUUCGAACGAAUUUCAGUAUUUAAGGACUCCAAAAUAGAAAUAAGAGAAUAUACCACUGACAUGGAAAUUUACUUUGUCGAGAGUUCGUUCCCACAAUUACAGUCAGUACCAUCUUCGAUUGUUAUACCGCCUUAUCAAAUCCCAGGCUCACCAAGGUACAAUAAAGAUAGCACAUUCAAUGCUACUUAUAUGGGAGCAACGGGUCAAAAGCCACGAGCAAGAACGCGUAUAGCAAAGAAGAGCCGAUCGCCUCGUGCACCUUAUCAAAAGGCUGGUAUAGUCAAAUGCCCUUUAUUUGCCGUAUACGAAAACAUACCGCUAAACACGAAAGUACUGCAGGUUAUUGCCAGUGAUGAGGAUUUUGGCAAGAACGCCCAAGUGCAUUAUGAAGUUUUGGCAGAACACAUGGACCGCUCAAUUGGCUCUGGUAUGUUACCGAAGGUAUACGGAGCAAAGUAUUUUACUAUUGACAAACUAACUGGUGAACUGCAGGUCAACUAUCCUUUAAUGGCAAAUGCGGAGAUUUUCUUGAAUUUGACUGCCACGGAUAUUGAUGGACUAAAGGAUACAACCUGUAUACGUUUUACUGUGAUUGAUGUGAAUAACCAUGCACCCACAUUUAAAAAAUCAUGGUACAGUUUCGAUGUGCAAGAAGGUGAAUACAACAAUAGCGUACUUGGUCAAGUGUUAGCAGUUGACCUCGACUACGGAGAAAAUGCAAACGUAUCUUACAGCUUAAGUGAACUGGACUUGCCUUUCAAAAUUAAAACACUUUCUGGAGUCAUCAAAAUUAUGGGCACACUAGAUCGCGAAGUUCGUGCCAAAUAUAAUUUUCAGGUAAUUGCAAUGGACAAUGCAGAACCGCUGUACAGAAUGUCCAGUACCGUUGAAGUGGAAGUGAAUGUACUCGACCUUAACGACAAUAAACCAGAAUUUGUGGGCUAUGACGAUAUGACAAAUGCAGCGCAAUACAUAACAGAUCUUUCAGAUAAAACAAUUAUGGUGCCCAUAUAUAAAGCGUAUCUCGAUCGUAGUACUACACAAGGCAUGUUUGUUAAGCAAGUGUCAGCAAUAGAUAAAGAUUACGUGGGUAAUGGCAACGGCUUAGUGCUGUAUUCCAUUCAACAUCAAGAUCUGCACACCCCCAUAUUUCAGAUCGAUUCACGUGACGGUACAAUAUCCACUAUAGCAAAUUUCAAAAGCUACAAUGAGUACGAACACUUAAACGUUACCGUUGUGGCAUCCGAUUUAGGUAGCCCACCACGCUCUUCAACUGCAGUCGUGCUUAUAAACCUACAAGGGCAAGCUGUCACAGAACCAAAUGCCAAGCCAAUUGAAGUAGUUGAAUCGCAAAAUAUUUCCGUCUUCCAACACCAGUACUACGAGGUAAAAAUGCUGGAAAACAAUGAUGCACCUGUGGAAAUAUUAAUUGUUAAUUUAACUAAAGAUAUCGAUGUCGAUGCUUACCAUUGGACGUUAUUGAUGGAAGUGGGUGCAGAUGCUGAAGAUGUGCAUCCGCCAUUUGAGUUCGAGGCCAAAACAGGUGCAUUGUAUGCACUCAAAUCAUUCGAUAGAGAAACUAAAGAACUGUAUCAACUACGAAUUCGCGCCGAAAAGUCUAAUCGAGAGGCACGUACUUAUGCGCAAAUUUCCUAUCCUGUUUUGGAUGAACGUAUUCAAGGAUUAGAGCAAAAUGAAUGUAGAGUGGUUGUGAACAUAUUAGAUGAUAAUGACAAUACGCCCAAAUUUAAAGGAAAUGGACAACCAAUAAUUGCGGUAGUGCCACGUUCUGCCACUUUCGGUUAUCCUGUGACAACUGUUCAUGCAAGUGAUGCGGAUGUUGGUCUCAAUGCAGAGAUACGUUAUCGUUUGUUAAACGAACCGUCCAGACUUUUUGCCAUUGAUGAGUUUACUGGUAAAAUUCGGCUUAUUGGUAAUGUGCCAAUGGAUGUACGCGUUUAUGGUUUCGACGUUAAAGCUGCAGAUCGAAAUGGUGCAGAUGACGGUAGAAGUAGCAUUAUAAAUGUGUUUGUGUAUGUAAUUGAAGAGGCUAAGCAAGUGCGUAUUGUCGUAGCAGGCAAACCAAUUGAAGUGGAAAGAAAAAUUGAUUCUCUUACUAAUCUGCUGAGCAGUGCUAUACAAAUGGAUGUGCGAGUGAGAUUACUUGAGCCACAUAUAGGUGGACUGGAACCUGCUACUGAUGCUUAUAUUUAUGCUGUUGAUUUUCGUACUAAUUCCAUUUUGGAUAUGGAGCAGUUACAUGAGUCAUUGGCUAGCUUGCAACUGGAUACAUUACAGUUUCAGUAUGAGAAGCAGCUGCAAGAAUCUGACAAUAUGAUUACAGUGGGAGCGUCUAUGCCACGCAUCAUAGAAUUAGCAGAAUUUGGAAAGCUGGCACACAAUAAUCAAAGCUCUUCUCACCUAAUUGGAGGCUUGGAAAUCUUAACUUUCCUGCUAAUCAUUUUAUGUGGACUUGGUGCUGCGACGGCUGCUUUAUGUUUCAUGUGCCUACGUCUGAAACGACGAACUUGGUCACAACAGGAUUUUCAAUCGUCCGAAACCGGUCUCACGUAUACAAUUGCACGUGCUGGCAUCGAAUCGUGCCGCCAGCAACGCAAACGCCAUAUUUUACAACAACAUCAACUACAGCAACAACAACAGCAACAAUGCGGUAAAUCAAUCCACACAACAAGUUCUUUCAUACCAGAAUCGGUUUGCUCGUCAGCACAAACGCAAUCAACAGCGCCAGCUUCACAGAAACUAGAACACCAACUGCAUGCACAUCAGCAUCCACAUCAACAACACAGUCAUCAUCAUCAUCACCAUCAUCAUCAGCAGCAGCAACAACAACAACAUCAACGGCAAAGAGAAUAUAUAGAUGUGCCUUUACCCAAAUCGAUUGUUAAAAACAACUUAGCUCGUUGCAGUUCUUUAGAGCAAGACACCUCACCAGCUCCUUUUGUGCUGAACUACAACAGCUGUCAGCCAGUAAAUAAUCUUCCUUAUGAGAGUUCUAUGUUCUCAUUACACUCAAAUGGGCAAGACUCUGGUGUGGACUUUUUAAGUAGUAGAGAAUUAUACGAAACCUCGCCGGACUCAUUACAAUAUGUAAGUGCCAAUAACGGACAACGCCUGAAUGGCAACGGAUUGUUAUGUCCGAAACAUGCCAAAGCACAUAUGGAAGGAAAAAUGAAUAAUGCAGAUAGUGCACAAAAUUACGAAGAAAACGAUGUGCCACUAACUGCUUCAAAUUGUCGUAGUUCGAUGCUGAAUCUGUGUGAUCACCAUAGACUUAAAGAACAAGACUAUCAGAGCACGAAUUUUGAACGUCGUAAUGCUUGCGUAAGGCACUCCUUUUCAGGUGUUAGAGAUGACCUAGUGCAGAACUCGCCGCAAGUGUCACUUAGACCACGUGGACAUACACUGCGAAAUUCGAUGAACGAUUUGGAAGAGCGAUUGCAAAAUCUCGAGCAAUCUUUCAGACGGCCAAUUGAAUUUGGCAAAUCUCAUUCAAUUUAUUAGCUAGUGAUUUUAGAACUAUAAGAACCACUUAUCCGUUGUGAAGUGGAAAGAAGCUUUUUCAUAGUGAAAUUGAUGUAAC